CUUCCUGCGGCGGGGCCGGGCGGCGCAGCUGGCGGGGCCGCUGCCAUGGCCGGGGCCGCCGCCUCUCCGGCCGACAAGGAGAGGUUCAUCUGCAUUUAUCCAGCGUAUUUGAAUAACAAGAAGACAAUAGCAGAAGGAAGAAGGAUACCUAUAGACAAAGCUGUUGAAAAUCCCACGUCUACAGAAAUCCAAGAUGUAUGUGCAGCAGUUGGAUUCAAUGUGCUAUUAGAGAAAAAUAAGAUGUAUCCUAGAGAGUGGAAUAGAGAUGUCCAGUACAGAGGUAGAGUACGAAUCCAGCUCAAACAAGAUGAUGGCAACCCAUGUUUACCUCAGUUUCCAACACGUAAAUCAGUGAUGCUCUAUGCUGCAGAAACUAUUCCCAAACUGAAAACAAGAACCCAGAAGAUGGGAGGUAGUGACCAAAGUCUUCAGCAAGGAGAGGGAGGCAAGAAAGGUAAAGGGAAGAAAAAGAAGUGAGCUGACAUCUGGAAUAAUUGUUACAUCAUAUAGUUGUCCUUACAACAAAUGUGGAUGCACACAUUACUUGCUGCAAGUUUUAAGUGAAAGAUAAAAGCAAGAAAGAAACAAAUGAAGCUGAACAGAACUGCCUGCUUUUUUUGGAACUGGAAUGCAUGUAGCUGUCUUGCAUCUGUGUAACAAUAAAUCUGUCUUCACAUGCAACCUGCAAGUCUGAAUCUAGCAUCCAUGCUGAAAAGUGGAAGAACAUAAAAAUAGGAUGGGUGGGAGAAUUAUUCUUUCCAGAAUAAAUGUGCAGCUUUUGAUAAGUAAAUAAAUAUUCUUAAGCAGACUAGAUAUCUGAAAACUGGUUGCCUUAGUAAACCAUUUAUCUAUGCUAGUGAAGUGAUUGUCUUAAUACUAAAAGAAAAAUGUAAAUCAAUGAAGUUAUGCUUGUGUAAACAUCCCUUGCUAAUAAUCUUUUACAGCUGGCAAGUGUACUAAUAAAUGUGUCACGUGUUAAUUUUUUUAAAAAUAAUUUUAUAGGAUACUUUUCCCAGAAGUGUUAAUUUUUCCUCCAAAGCCUGUUGUAAUAAAUCAGUAACGUGUAUAAUUAAUAAUGCUCUAAAGUUUUAAAACAACUAGGAAAAAAUAUCUCCCUUUUGUAUCUUGUAUAAUAUGGCAUACUAUAUUAUCCUGUUUUGGCUUUUUUUUUUUUUUUUUUUUUUUUUUUUGAGAGCUGAGGAAACAUAACUUCAUUUUCUGCCUGUCAAAUACUAUUUUUCAAAUGUCUGAAGUUUGUAAUAUCUGGUAACUUAAUUUUUAAAGUUUUUUUUCUUUCUAUGUAGUCCACAGACAAGGACAGAAAGUUAUUUGGAGGAGCUGAUCAGAACACCUGUCCAGUAGCAAAGCUGCUUCAAAAUAAUUAAGAAAUGUACUGGGGAAGUUAAAUAAGAGGUAGUUUAGUAUAAAGAGUUGGAAAAAGAAACAGAAGUACUUUUCAGUUUAAAAACAAAAAUCCUGCAUGAGUUUUGUAAAUCCUUACUGUAUGAAAGCAAAGUCAGUUGAAUGUUUUCACAGAUGGCUACUGGAAGCAAGUUUAUCAGAUUAUUUUUUAUAAACUUUCCAGGUGGCACUAUUCCUUUAGGAUUUGUCUUGCUUGCCUGUCAGGUAUGCUGUUCUAUGGCAUCGCCUUUUUUACAUUCUGAAGAUAAACAGCAUUCAAAAAUCUACCUAGAUGUUUAGUGAUUGUUCUGAAGUACUGGAGCUUGGUAAAGGUAUUGAGUGUAUCACUGCUCAAGUUACUUGUCCUUGCAUUUUGAGAUUUUUUUACAUUCUUACAUUUUUUUGUUCCACUCAACUGCAUGUUUUUCAAACAGCUGAUGAGUUACCAGUGCCCCUUGGCGUUGAUCUGACAGGUACUGAUGGUGGAACAGUAAAAGAGCCUCCACCUUGAGAAUAGUUUAAAUUCAAUUUUGUUUUCUGUCUGUAAUACUUUGUAGGUGUUGUUCUUGGGUUGCAUUGUUUCACAAAAGAGGAGGAUGUGCUCUCAUUUUCACUGCAGUUGUACCAAAUCCAGAAAUUGUCAUGACAAAGUUCCUCAGCCCAAGUGCUGUACCAGUGUGGGAGUAGCAGUGUGUAGGCUCUCUAAAGCAGCUUAGGAGAAGAAAUUCUGUGUUCUAAGGCUGUAACUAACCAUGCUUAUAUAGAAAUGUAGUGGGUUUUUUGUUUGGUUUGUUUUGUGGUUUGUUUGUUUUUUACUUCUGCUGGUACAGUGGUUUUCACAAGCUACCUUGGGAGUGUCUGGCCUUGAAAACAGCACCUGGGUUUCAGAAGUUAGUUAAAUAGUAUCUCUCUGAAGUAGUGGAAUGCCAUGGGGUAGGAACAGUGGGGAGAGGUGCCAUCUGAAAGGGAAGGUGGUCAGAGGUUGUUCAUUACAUCCUAUGGAGUUAGGGAAGUUGCAACAUGGGGAAAAAUAACAAGUGAGGUAUGCAAGAAAAGUUUGAAAUACACACUUGAGUACAAGACACCGUAACUGCCCACAGAUUUUGGGGCUCAAGUUAUUCCUGGCUUUUCCUGAGUGCUGAGUAGCUUUCCUGAAGCUUUAUUUAAAGUGAGAGCUCUAUGAAAGUUAAUUGGUACAAGAUGACACUUCUGCGAUAUUAAGUGGAGGGUGAUAACUGUAGCCAAGUUAUGAUUGUGUUAUACCUCAGUAUUGUAAGUCAGAGCAUUACACUACAGACAGCUAAAAAACGUGGCUAUUCAGUCUCACUGAAUAUGUUUACAGUGGCCAGAAAUUAAAUAGCUAUAGAACUUGUCUGUGUUAUGGUAUGUAUGUUGAGAACAAAAUCUUUGUGGCAUUGCUUGCCAAAAUUUGCCAAUCAACCCAAAAUAGUAGAGCUAUUUUAAAGUGUAAGGGUAUUAAAAAAAGACAUAAACAUUUUUGCAAAGAGUAAUAUUGAGCUCAAGUAUGUAAAACUGUGAUUUAAUCAAAUUAACAAUGCUUUGCAGGUAUCUUGGGUAAUGCUGACUUUUUUUUUAACAAAUUGUCCUCUGCUGGGGAAUCAGAUGGUUACUACCGUUAUGGAGCUGAAGUCCGAUUCCCCCAGCCCGUGUCUGCUUAUCCGCCCAUCUCUGAGUUCAGCAGCUGGCUUUUUUGAUUCCUAUCUGGCUUUAGAGUAAGUACACUAUGUGAGCAAUAUUUGUUCCUAAAUGGGGCACCAAGAAGUUGAUCACAACUCCUCUAUUCCUCCAGGGCUUAAGCUUGUAAACCUGACUUUCAUUUCUGUAUUUCUUGGGUUUUAUUAAACUUGGUUCCUUAGAGGGUUAAAAAAACUCAAGUCAACAUAGUAAGUCAGGUUCUUCUGAGUUCUUUCCCCCAUCAGCAUCCUUCCCCUAUCCCCUUCACACCCUCAGUUCCUGGGAACAAGGAAGAUGAUGAGGCUAUUGUGGGACUGGGAGUGGAGACGAGGCUGCUGUAAAAAUACAGAAGUACUGCAACUGUUGGUUUCAAUGCUAUCAAUAAAUAUUUUGAAGGGAAA